AUGCCCGAAGAGCAAGGUCGUCGCUUUCCGCAUUGGCAUGCGGACUCACCUUUUCAGGAAUGCGAGGACUUCAUUAGAGCGCUGGAGAAGGAGAGGAAGCGCGUUAUGGGCGAUGAGAAGCAUUACUACCUGGAUACCCUCGCCAAUCAUCACGAUUAUCAACGGCGUGGGGCUGGCUCUAUGCUUGUCAAAUGGGGCUGCGAUUUGGCUGAUAAGGACGGCGUUGCAGCUUAUGUGGAUGCUAGCAAGGAAGGCGCACCGCUAUACCAGAGACGCGGCUUUGUAGAUUUCAGUCUUCCCGGCUCUGAAGUGGCCGCGAUGGCUCGCGGCAAGAAAACUGCAUAA